AUGGCCUGCAUGGAAAAAGAUUGUUUAAAACUCUUCUUUAUAUUUUGUCUUUUGGGGGAACCCUGUCGGGAAAUUUAUGGCCGUCCCUUGGAAGUCCCGGUCACCCGGGAACAACUAAACCACUAUCGGAAUGUGGCCGAAAACGCUCGAAGUGAACUGGCGGCAACUUUGGUCAAAUUUGAAUGUGCUCAGUCUGAGCUUCGAGACCUCCGAUCCAAGAUGCUUUCGAAAGAAGCCUCCUGUCAAGAGUUGAAAGCUGAAAUGGAGAAUUACAAAGAAAAUAAUGCUAGAAAAUCAUCUCUCCUCACCUCCCUGAGAGACAGAGUUCAGGAGCUGGAAGAAGAAUCAGCAGCACUUACCACUUCUAGAAUUAGAACCGAAAUCACAGCUCACACUGCAAUCAAGGAGAACCAGGAGUUAAAGAAGAAAGUUGCAGAACUAGAUGAGAACUUACAAAAGUGUUUAAAGGAAAAUGAGGAGAAUAAGAAUCAAGUCUCGAAGAAUUGCAGGAAACAUGAGGAAUUUCUAGCUCAACUUGGUGACUGCUUAGAUCCAGAGAAGAAGAAUGAAAAGGCAUCAGAUGAAGAUUUAAUCCUAAAGCUUAGAGAGCUGUGCGAGGAAAAUGCAUUCGUGAAAGGACAGAUUGUUACUCUUGAAGAGACUAUAAAUGUCCAUGAGAUGGAAGCAAAAGCUAGCAGAGAAACCAUCAUGAGGCUGGUUUCAGAAGUAAACAGAGAGCAAAAGAAAGCUGCCUCCUGCACCGAGGAGAAAGACAAGCUGAACCAGGACUUGCUCCAUGCUGUAGAGACCAAAGAAGUUCUUGAAAGGGAAGUCAGGAUCCUCCAAGAAAGGCUGCUUGCUGGCCAGCGGGUCUGGGAUGCUUCGAAGCAGGAGCUGAGCCUCUUGAAGAAAAGAUCUUGUGAGUUGGAGAAGAGUCUGGAGGCCAGUCUGGAUGCGGCUGCAGCCUCACGAACCCAGAACUCCUCAUUUAGGGAGGCAGUCGCCGCCCUGCUUAGAGGCAGCGGGGACACGACGGGGCCCACGGAGGAUGCCAUUGUGGAAAGGAUCCGAGAAAUGACCAGCCAGGAAGAGAGCAGGAAAAGGAUGGUUUCCCAGCUUGAAGCCCGAAUAUCUGAGCUUGUGGAACAGUUGGGAAAUGAAUCUGGGUUUCACCAGAAAGCUCUACAGAGAGCCCAGAAAGCAGAAAACAAGUUGGAGACUCUUCAGGGUCAGCUGACACAGCUAGAGGGAGAGCUGGUUUCUGGAGAUGUUUUGCGGGAUCACUUGAAUUUUGAGAAACAAAAAUAUCUUAAAUUUCUGGAUCAGCUCUCAGAGAAAAUGAAAUUGGACCAGAUGGCUGCUGAACUUGGCUUUGACAUGCGUCUGGAUGUAGUUUUAGCUCGCACGGAGCAGCUGGUCCGUCUCGAGAGCAACGCAGUCAUUGAAAACAAGACUAUUGCCCACAAUUUACAGAGAAAGCUCAGGACUCAGAAAGAAAGGCUGGAGAGCAAAGAACUACAUAUGGGCCUCCUGCGGCAGAAAAUCGCCCAGCUGGAGGAGGAGAAGCAGGUGCGUUCGGCCUUGGCUGUGGAGAGGGACGAGGCCAAUCUCACCCUAAGAAAGUUGCAGAAGAGGGUGGAGAGGCUGCAGAAGGAGCUGAGUGCGCGUCGAGAAGCGAACACAGAGCUCAAAGCCAAGCUGGCUGAGCUGCAGAUUAAAACUUUGGAACAGACCAAAGCCACUGAAGACCUAAAUAAGUCCAGAGACAAACUUGAGAAGAUGAAGGAGAAAGCUGAGAAAAAGUUAAUGUCUGUCAAGCCAGAACUGGAUACCGCAGAGCACGAGGCUCAGGAGGAUAAAGAGAGGGCCAGGAAUAUGAUGGAAGUGGUAACCAGCGAAAUGAAGACACUAAAAAAAUGUCUGGAAGAAGCAGAAACAAGAGAAAAGCAGCUGGUGGACUUCAGGGAGGUGGUUUCCCAGAUGCUGGGCUUGAACGUGACCAGUCUUGCGCUUCCAGACUAUGAAAUCAUCAAAUGUCUUGAAAGACUGAUCCAUUCACAUCAGCAUCACUUUGUCACCUGUGCCUGCCUCAAAGAUGUGAUGCCCGGGGGAGAUAGGCAACCACAGAGUCACUUAAAACUCCUUCAUUGA